AAACACGUCAACCAAUGAAAUUGUGUCGCGAGCGCCUUGGCAACCAAUCAAAACCCUGACUUCAGCUGCCCGUGUAUACGGUGUCACUGACUGGGCAGCUCAUUUCUUCACAGGGUGUCGGUGGGCUUGAAGAUGCAGUUCAUGCUCCUGUUCAGUCGACAAGGCAAGCUCAGGCUUCAGAAGUGGUACGUGCCCCUGUCUGACAAGGAGAAGAAGAAGAUCACCAGAGAGCUGGUGCAGACGGUCCUGGCUCGGAAGCCCAAAAUGUGCAGCUUCCUGGAGUGGCGAGACCUGAAGAUUGUCUACAAGAGAUAUGCCAGUUUGUAUUUCUGCUGUGCCAUCGAGGACCAAGACAAUGAGCUCAUCACUCUGGAGAUCAUCCACAGAUACGUGGAGCUGCUGGACAAAUACUUCGGCAGCGUUUGUGAGUUAGAUAUUAUUUUCAACUUUGAGAAAGCCUACUUCAUCCUGGAUGAGUUCCUGCUGGGUGGAGAGGCUCAAGAAACCUCCAAAAAGAAUGUGCUGAAAGCCAUCGAGCAGGCCGACCUUUUACAGGAGUCAGACGGAGCUCCAGGGGAAGACGAAAUCAGGCCGUCACUGAAAAUCUAUUUACAUCCACCAGAGGAAAAAGUGGUUAUUUGUAGAGUAAAAAGAACUGCUGCAGAAACCAGAGCAGUAUUAGGAAGGUUUUCUUUAUCAUAAAAAGGAUGAGACCCAAUAAUAAGUCAGAAGAAGUCACCUUUUUCACCUGGGACAAAUCGGUUUAUCAUAGUGCACAAUGUUCAGGAACAGUUUGAGCGCAGAUGUUUAAUUUCUUCUGAAAGGUUCAUGUUAUGCAUCUGAGAGUCUCAGUUCGUCUGAGUGAGCAAUGAAGCAAACAGAGGCUGUGAUCCGUCGCCAUCAGCUGCUGUCCUGCAUCUGUGACAAACUGAAAGACUUCUUUUAUCUGCAGUUCUGAAAGGCCUUUGGUUUAGUGUAAAUGUUUGUCUUCUGACACGAAGGAAGUGAAAACCACCAAACAGAAUCCCGGUUUGAGAGCAGAAGUGAUCUCUGAUUGGCUCACGUCUGUAUUUGUCAGCCAGAAUGAAGACUGGGGAAGUUUUUUAAACUACAAGGUCUUGUGAAUUUAAGCCUCCAGCCAGGUGACUGCUAAGUAACGACUAACUAACUGGUAACUAACAGCAGGCCCAGUUCAGCCUGGACAGCAUGGGUUUGCAGCUCUGAACUCCAACCUGCAUGAACGUCGGUCAUUAUGACUUCCUGAAACAUCUGAGUGGAGCAGACGCCCUGAGAGGCUGAGAGCAGCAUGAAAUCAGCCGUGGAUGAAGGCAGCAGAAUCCAGCACUUCACCAUUCCUCAGCAGAUGUUUGUUGCCUUACCUCUGAGGAGGUUUGGGAAAUUCCUAAAAAUACAAACAGAUUUUUCUGACCAGUGAUGAUCUUUUACUAAAUUUUAUAAGGUCUGACCUUAAAUUGUAGUUUAAAGUGAAAUAACUAUGCUGUACAUGCACAGAUCAACCUGUGAUAAUUACUAACUCUCAGUUUUAUAUCUAUAUUGAUAAUGAUAAUUAUUAUUUGUCUAGUGUUUGACUCUUUGUGAUCUCAAACAACAUAUCUGUGGAAACAGCUGUUGCAGAGGAGUAGAUGAUGUGUGAUUCUGGUUAGGCUGCCGGUGCUGGUUCCUUAUGUUCUCGGGACUUUCAGUGGUUUAACAGAUCGGACAAUAGUACCAACCCAACAGAAACCGAGAGGCACCAGAAACAGGAACUGUUCAAGACUAAUUCUUUGUGAUGGCUGUUUUUAUAAAUUAUGUUUUUAAUGCUCUGCUUGGCAAAGAAUACACCAAUUAGUUUUCUUGACGGCGCAUUACUGUAGUUAAAUUACUCGUCUGAGCCUGAGUAUUCUGAAGACAAAGUACUUUUGGAGGUUACGUCUGUACUGCCUGAACCUAUUGAUAACUGCUGCUUUUUGCUGAGCGUGUGCUACAGUAAAGAAGAGGUCCAGUAAAGACACUCAGGUGCAAGAAUGACAGAGAGCUGCAAUAACAACACAGAGGGGCAGUAAAGGCACAGAGGUGCGUUAAAGACACAGAGGUGCAGUAAAGACACAGGUGCAAUAACGACACACAGGUGGGAUAACGACACACAGGUGCAAUAAUUACACAGAGGUUUGAUAAUGACACAGGUACAGUAAAAAUACAGUACAGUAAAGGUGUGGUAAAGACACAGAGGUGCCUUAACGACUCAGAGGUGGAUUAAUGACUCCGAGGUACGUUAAGGACAUAGAGGUGCAAUGACGACGCAUUGGUGCGUUAACAACACAGAGGUGCCUUAUCGACAGAGUGUUGUUAAUGACACAGAUGUGCGUUAACAACACAGAGGUGCCUUAGCGACACUGAGGUGGGUGAAAGACACUGUGGUGCGUUAAGGACACAAAAGUGCGUUAAGGACACAGAGGUGUAUUAAAGACAUACAUAUGCAAUAACAACACAUUGGUGCGUUAACAACACAGAGGUGCCUUAGCGACACAGAGGUGCGUCAACGAUACUGAGGUGGGUUAACGACAUAGAGGUGCAAUAACGACACAGAAGUACGUUAGCGUCACAGAGGUGCCUUAGUGACACAGAGUUGUGUUAACGACGCAAAGGUGCAGUAGUUAAACAGAGUUGCAAUUACAAUAAAGAUGCAUUCCAGAGAGGAUUGUGUUUUUUUCAUAAAUUCUUUUAAUGAAACAUUCCUGCAGAGCAGGCUGCCGCUCUGGCUGAGGUGGCAGCAUGCAGGAAGAACAAAGACACCUUAGAAGGUUUGCGGUUCUGCUCCACAUCAGGGAUGAGUUCAGGCGCUGCUCACCUGCUCAAGUGUUGAACGUUGUGGGUUCGGUCUUCCGUGUGCUGCAUCAUUUUGUGUUUGAUGAAAAUG